GCCAUCUUGGCGCCUCCUUUGCGCAGGAGCCGAGCUUUUGGAGCUCGUUCCGCGGCGGAGCGAACCAACGAGUCCGAAACGCGGGGGGGGGAGCGAGUAGGCGGGGCGAAGCGACGUAUUGUGGCAGCGGACUGAACCAUUCCAUGGUCGCUGUGAGAGAAAAAGGGGUGUAUGUGUGAGAGGAUAGUUCCACUUCGGGAGAGGGCACUACUAUUUGGCAGCUGACAGGGGGGUGGGGCUGGGACCCAACCAUUUAUAGAAAGAGGGGUGCAGGGUGGCUGAGCUGAACCAUUGCGCCUACGGAGGGGGAAAGGGGUCUGUAUAGAUGAGUGGCGCUGUUGUUAAACGCGGUGUGACGGGUAACGGAAGAGAGACGUAGCGGGGCGUAGACGGUACCAUUGUGUUUCUGCAGAGGGGAGUGUGCACCCCUGCUUUGGUUGGAAUGGUGCCGUCCCAAGCGUAGGCGGGAGGGGCCGGGCUGUACCAUUUUGGGACCAUACAGGGGAGGCUGCCACAGAUUGAAUGGGGCAGUCCAUUGUGAGUGGGUGAGAGGGGGUGUCCAUGUGGUUAUCACUGGAAGGCUCUAUUUUAUGGGAGAAACCACUGUCUUUCGCAGAGAGGGGGGGACAAGGGGUGGUGCCACUCAGUGGCCUUGUGCUCAUAUUGGCCUCAAGGGUGGCACUCCUGGAAGGCCAGGCGAGGAGGCGCUAAGCAGAGGCGGCACAUGGAGCCAAGGGUGCCAUUUUGAGCACUGACAGGGGCCAAAAAGGCUGGCCCCAUUGACAUGAGAGACAGUUGCCCGAGUCGGAUGGGUACAAGGGGUACCAUGCCAAGCCCUGACUAUUAGGACGGCGAAGAGGAGGAGGAGGAAGAGAUUUGUCAUCAGGGCAGGGAGUCCGGAGCGUCCUCUCUUGCCGCCAUGGCUUCCAACUGCACCAGCAGCAGCACGGCAGCUGCAAGCGUGGGCGCGGCGCUGGGCAGCGCCCUCAGCGCCUCCAAGACCAAGACCAAGAAGAAGCAUUUCGUCUGCCAGAAAGUGAAGCUCUUCCGUGCCUCGGAGCCACUCCUCAGCGUCCUCAUGUGGGGAGUCAACCACACGAUUAAUGAGUUGAGUAAUGUCCCUGUCCCUGUUAUGUUGAUGCCAGAUGACUUUAAGGCCUACAGCAAGAUUAAAGUGGACAAUCAUCUUUUCAACAAAGAGAACUUGCCAAGCCGUUUCAAAUUUAAAGAAUACUGUCCACUGGUGUUCCGAAAUCUCCGGGAGAGGUUUGGGAUAGAUGAUCAAGAUUAUCAGAAUUCCGUGACACGGAGUGCCCCUGUCUACAGUGACAGCCAUGGCCGGUGUGGGGUUCGUUUUCUUACCACCUACGACCGGCGAUUUGUCAUCAAGGCGGUGUCGAGUGAAGAUGUUGCAGAGAUGCACAACAUCCUAAAGAAGUACCACCAAUUCAUUGUGGAAUGCCAUGGGAACACACUUCUUCCUCAGUUCCUUGGCAUGUACAGGCUUACUGUGGAUGGUGUGGAAACCUACAUGGUGGUCACCAGGAAUGUCUUUAGUCACCAGUUGACAGUACAUCGGAAAUAUGAUCUAAAGGGUUCAACAGUAGCAAGGGAAGCCAGUGACAAGGAAAAGGCAAAGGAUCUUCCAACAUUUAAAGACAAUGACUUUCUGAAUGAAGGCCAAAAGCUCCAUGUUGGAGAGGAAUCCAAAAAGAACUUUCUGGAAAAGUUGAAACGUGACGUUGAGUUUCUCGCCCAGUUGAAGAUCAUGGAUUACAGUUUACUGGUAGGGAUCCAUGACGUGGACCGUGCAGAGCAGGAAGAAACAGAAAUUGAGGACCGGGCAGAAGAUGAAGAGUGUGAAAAUGAUGGCAUUGGUGGGAACCCUGUCGGUUCCUAUGGAACCCCACCUGACAGCCCUGGCAACCUUCUCAAUUUCCCUCGAUUUUUUGGGCCUGGAGAGUUUGAUCCGUCUGUGGAUGUCUACGCUAUGAAAAGCCAUGAAAGUGCUCCCAAGAAGGAAGUGUAUUUCAUGGCCAUUAUAGAUAUCCUCACACCAUAUGACACAAAGAAGAAAGCAGCACAUGCUGCCAAAACUGUGAAACAUGGGGCUGGAGCAGAGAUUUCCACUGUCAAUCCAGAACAGUAUUCGAAACGCUUCAAUGAAUUUAUGUCCAAUAUCCUGACAUAGUUGUCUUCCCACUGUUGGCAAAAAAGAAAGUGGAGAGAGAAAGAAGUGGAACAGGGGGACUGUAUCCAAAGCAACAAGAACGUAGCCCACUCUGCCUGGGUGUAAUGUUCUGUACGUUUGUGGCAACAGCGUGACCUAGCUGAAAACUAACUUCUAGCUGUAGGCCUCUGAAUCUUCUGCUUGACCUGGUGAAAAAAGUGGGAUUUUUAAAAAUCUCCUCCUCUCCUAUUUUGAUUGCUAAAAUACACAGAUCUGAUGAAAUAUACUACCUUAUAUUUGAAGAGUAUCCCAGUCUUCAGAUGGUCAGAUGCUAAUGUGAAUAAAUAACAGAAGUUAACGCUACCUGCGGUUGUACCUUCAACUUGACUGUGUUUCUUCAUUCAGAGCAAAACCCCUUGUUGCUUCUUUCUCUAAGAACUGGACAGAAAACUGUGUGCCAUUUGGAGGACGAAAACUGUUACAGUGAUGUGGAGAAGCCAUUUAAAGCAAAUUGGAAGCAAGGACUUUUUCCUUACCUUAUUUUGGUAUUGCAUUUUCCCCCUGCCCCAAUGUCAUUUUCAAAGAUAUGGGGAGAAGGACAUGAUAACAAUUUGCCUGCUUAAAAUUUCAUGCAAAUCAAGGAAGAAAAAGCAGCUAUACAAGAAUCAUACAGCUGUCAAGACACACCAUAGAUCUUCAGUGGAGAUAAUGACUAGAAGAAGAUAUAGCAGCAUUAAAUCAAUCUUUCGAUGAGUUGCAAAUACAUUUGUCUUGAAAUAGUUGGACUAAAUUGCCUUUGUAGCAUAACUGAUGUUCUACUAGUGUUACUUUAAUCACGGUUCAGUCAGCUUUUUUUAACCUUGAUCCGGUUGCAUACCCCUUAAGAUGAUGCUUGCCAUAAUAAGGCCACAACUUUUUUAAACAACAUUUUGUGUUGUGAAUCAGUGUGUUUAGAAAUCUGUCUCCCUGGAGGGUUUUUUUUGUGAAUCUACAUUGGGAGAAUUCUAGUCCCAGAACCUUGGAAAUACAGUAUGUAAUAAAUUGAUGCAAGUGACUGCUGUGUAACCACUAGGACAGACUGUGGGAAUAACUUGUGCUAGAUCAGUUUUCUGGAAGAAUGCAAACUCUUCUUGCCCCUAUUUGAAUUACAGCCUUUUCUCCCUACGUCUGCAGACUGUAACUCUGGAUUUCACAGCCAUGUGUGUUGAAACUGCUGAAGAUUUUGAAUGCUACACGUUGAUUCUAUGUUUUAAAUAUAACCAGGGGAGGGAGAGGGUGUUUGUGGGAUUCUUUUUUUUUUUUUAAAGAGAUGGAUUUCACUAUUUUGAACCAUCACCUUGCAAUCAAGACACUCUGCUUACUCUGCCUUGAAACGGUUUCUCACACAUGCCUUUCUUCUCCUGAAUGUGGCUGUUGAGAUGUGUGCGUUCUGUGGCGUAGUACACUUUUUUGCUUUGUGGAGUCCACCUUGUUGAGAGUCUGGUGAAUGUGGGUUCUUUUCCUUCCUCCUGUAGUAUAUGCCCCCUUUCAGGUGGGAUUCGCACCACCCAUUUACAAAAAUGGUAUUCCACAAUUUCAGACACUAGGAACACACUUGAAACAUCAUGGAGUAUGUUGUAGAUGAUGUAAGUUUUAUUUUUAAAGAAACCCUGAACGAAACCAUUAAUUAGGAAUGGGAUAUGGACGUCCCUUUUCUGUUCACUUGUGAUUUCAAAGCAGGAUUGUUUUUAAACUGGCAGAAGCCACUGUCUGCGGUGUUUAGAUGUCCACUGACUAUACCAUAAACUAAAUGUGAAUAUGUGAACAUAUUUAAAAAGUAAGAAUGAGUAUGUUUGACAGGCUGUAAAUGUUUUAAUAGCCAAAGGGCUACCUUUUUUCUCAAAGAGCGUGCACUUGAAAGUCUGUUGUGAAAUAGAAGAUAUAACCUGUCUUUGGCUUGGUAAGGUUCUCCAUUCUUGGCUCUGUGUGUUUUGUUUUUUAAAAUAAUAAUAAUAAUAAUAAUAAUAAUAAUAAUAAUAAAAUUCUGAGAUUUUACAUGGGGAGAGAGUUUAAAGUUUCGCCCGAGUGGAACUCUGCUCCAUCUUUCCCCUCUCUUCCCACAGAACACACAUUCCUGCUGCUAGUGCCUGUCCCCCAACAAUAUUGCCAUGUUGUAGCUGGGGAAGGCCAAGAUUUGUCCAGCUGUGUCCCUGCAGCUGGAUAUGCUUCUGGUCCCUCUACAGGUGGAGGAGGACGAUGCUGUCAUUGUCUACCUGACUGUGAGGACAUAACCAGAUGCUUCUCAGCUAUCCCAACUUCCCCAAGGCAUUAUGUAACGAUAUUGGGAUGGUACAGGAGAAAAUUGAGUCUCAAAGGAUGGGGGUAAUUAUGCAAAGAGAGGUAGUGAAUUCCUCUUUCUGCAACAACCAUAAAAAGACAUAUGCCAAAAUUAAGUCAGUGUAUGCCACUAACAGGGCCCAGCCCUCUUAAGAUGAGGUUUGCCUUUUAUCUGUCACACUCUUUUGGUACAUUUUAACUCUAAAUAGCCAAGCAUUCAUUUCAUAUAUUUCCUUUUCAAAACAAAACACCCGUGACAAAAUAUCUACUGUUUGGAUGUUUGGUACUUCACAAUUAGAAGGACCAUAGAAAAAUGAACUUCCACAUUAAGAAAUGCAUUAGUGGAGAUUGUUGCACCCAGAACUCAAAUACCAAAAUCAAACUUAAUUUUUAUAGUUUUGAGGCUUACAUUAAUUGGUCUUUCCACUCAACCCAUGGCUUUCAAUAUUAUAACUAUCCUGUUCUCACCCACCUGAAGGCGUCUUCUUCUUAAUUCAGUGCUAGAUUUAUACUUACUCUAACCUGGUCUUGCUUGAUACUCCCAUUUAUUCCUCCCCCCUUUAUGGAGCUCUGCUCCAAAAGACAGAUCCUAGCUCACAGUCUGCUCCUUUUGAUGAAGCACCGGGUUGGGUUGCGGCAGAGCCUUUCUCCUUGGGCUCAACAGAGGCUGCUCUUUCCCCUCUUCAUCUCAACCCAUCCCGUGUUGAUUUUAAUGGCAAAUAAGUGGUGCUCAGUCCCAGCAGCAGCAGCAAGGCCUCUACAGAAGCAUGCAGAAGAGUCCACUGAGACUUCUUUCCUUCUUUUUUGGACCUGCCUCCUCCCAUGCUUGCAUUGUUUUGGGUGCUCUACCACCACUUAUGAGAAAACACUGUGACUGUUUAAAGUCUAAAAUGUGUGAAGCAACAGCAGGGAAUUUGAGAAAGACUUUAGUGCCCUGAACUGUUUAUCCUCCAUUUGCCUUCUCCCAGGCUCCCAUUGGUUUCUCGUCUCAUUAUUACUGAUUUCUAGAUUCUCUAAGCCAAAUCUUAAAUGUAA